AUGGUUGCCAAGCCCAAGGAGCCUCGCGUUUUGGACUGUGCCUUUUACAGCCUGAUAUCAACCGUCGCCGAACGUCAAGACUACGAGCGCGGCAAUCAAUGGCGAAAAAUGCAUGAAAUUGUGACACUUCAACUAGGCCAGAAGAGCAACUACCUUGCUGCUCAUUUUUGGAACGCUCAGGAAUCGUACUUCACCUACUCUGAAAAUGAGCAAUCCGUCGUUGACCAUGAUGUACACUUCCGCCCAGGCAUAGGUGCUGAUGGACAUGAAACAUACACGCCACGGACGGUGAUCUACGACUUGAAAGGAGGAUUUGGCACCUUGCGCAAAUUCAAUGCGUUGUACGAACUUGAAGAUGAGCCGCCCAGUGGCUUAUGGGAGGGCAUGACGGCGACACACCGAGAACCUACCAUCCAACCCUCGGAGUACCAGCGAAAGCUCGAUCUCGGCCUACCCACGUCUCAACUGCAUGACGCAGAUGUCAGGUACUGGAGCGACUUCAACCGGGUUUACUACAACCCUAAAUCAAUCGUCCAGCUCAACGAGUAUGAACUCAACUCCCAGAUCUUACCAUUCGAGAAAUGGGAGGCUGGAGAAGAUCUUUUUCGAAGCUUGGACCGAGAAUUCGACCUUCUGGAUCGUGACAUCCGGCCGUUCGUAGAAGAAUGCGAUCAUAUGCAGGGUUUUCAAGUCCUAACUGGAGCCAAUGACGCAUGGGGAGGAUUCGCUGCGAAAUACCUCGACGCCCUACGUGAUGAGUUUGGCAAGACAAGCAUCUGGUGCUGGGGCAUCGAGGACUCUACAAGAGUGGUUAGGCAAAAACAAUUACAACGAUCAUGCAACGCCGCAAGAUCUCUUCGGGCCAUUGGCCAACUGGCUUCGGUGUACGUGCGAUUAGCAGCACCACCGUCAAAUUUACCUGCAUAUGUGAAUCCUCCGUCGGCGUCCGACUGGGUGACCACUGCCUUGCUGUGCGCCGGCUUCGAGUCAGUCACCAUUCCGACAAGGUUACGGCCAGAUGCGAGCAAGCGAGGCUCACUGAGCCUGCUUGAAGACGCCUUGAACACAAGCGAUGGCCAGAACCUGUUCGAAUUGCAAGCCAAAGUCAAUCACGCGAUGGCCGGUACCAAUGGCCAAAUGCAUGGCGCGAUUCAAGCAUCGAAUGGCAGAAUGCCAGCUGAUCGAAACGAGGCUCAUGAUUGGCACCCCCAGCUCACGCACUUUGACCUGGAAUAUCUCCCGAGACCGCAGAACUCUAUCGUGAGUGACCAAAAUCACAUCUUCGCUCAGGUUGAAUGCGAACGAGGGUGGGCGGAACAUGAUUCAUUCUCGCUUAGCCUCGAUCCCGAGGACAGGCUCCGCAGACGACAGAACGAAGAGAGUUUGCUGGAAAUAUUUCAGACCGGACUACGAUUUCCACUGCUAGAGACAUUUCCUAGCGGGCUCUUCGAGACGAACCGUGGGUAUGAGGACGGGCUGGACAUGUCGGCCGCACUGAUCUGCAGUUCGAGGAUGAAAAACCACGUUCUCGAACUGAGGAAUACCACCUCGCGGCUGAUGCCGCUUGAGGACCGGGAAGCCAUCUACUCUGAUCUCUCUCAACUGGCACAGCACUACAGCUUCGGCUGGGACGACGGUAGUGACACAGGUGAAGACGAUUGA